AUGUUUAUUGGCGUGCGGUUCGUCCUAAUAGGAUUUGAUCCCGUCAUUGAAGCGAAGAUUCGAUCUAAGCUUGUUAGUGGAGGUGGAGUUGAUGUCGGAGAAUACGGUCCGAGUUGCACUCACGUUAUCGUGGACAAUAUUGUUAAUGAUGCUUUUGUUUGUGUUGCUGCUCGCAAUGAUGGCAAAACACUUGUUACUGGCUUAUGGGUUGAUCAUAGUUUUGAUAUCGGGAUGCCUGCGGAUGCAAAUUUGAUUUUGUACAGGCCUGUAAAAGAUUUAAAUGGAAUCCCAGGUGCCAAAUCUCUGUAUGUUUGCUUGACAGGAUACCAAAGGCAAGAUCGAGAAGAUAUUAUGAAAAUGGUAGGCAUGAUGGGCGCACAGUUCUCCAAGCCACUGGUUGCAAAUAAAGUUACCCAUCUUAUAUGUUACAAAUUUGAGGGAGAGAAGUAUGAGCUUGCAAAGAAAAUGAAGAUAAAAUUUGUCAAUCAUCGGUGGUUGGAAGACUGUUUAAGAGUAUGGAAGAUUGUCCCAGAAGCUAAUUAUGCCAAGAGUGGUUACAAGUCAGAGAUGAUGGAAGCUGAAGCUAAGGAUUCUGAAGAAGAAACUGGGGAGGAUUAUAGUAAUAAGCAAUGUGAGGGGAGUAAUGUCACAGGGAGCCCUUUUGGCUUAAUAAGUGGAACUCCGAGGGACUCCAAAUCGCCCAUGCCUACAGGGGAAGUGUUAGAGUUCUGUCAGAAAAAUGUCUUGCCUAAAGGUUUGUCAAAUUGUGCCGAAAAUAUUACUUCUGACAAUAGGCUAUUAACUACUACUGUAAAAGAUACCAGAUCUGAUGAAGCCCCGAACUUCCAUCAUGUAAAUAUAAGGGGCCAUGGGGACUUCAGCUGUCACAGUAAUGGAGCUUCUUUUGGGGAUGCUGUUGGUGGUGGGACAUCCAUUCCAUUUGACACUAUAUCCAACCUCACCAAAGAAUGUAAUGAAAUAACAUCUAACUCAAGAACUGCAGCACGAUCCCCUCACUCUGAUGCAGCAAAGUUAGUUACAGUUAGAUACUCCAGGAGAACCCCAAGGAGGUCCUCAGUUUCUACUUCUGCAGAACCUUCAGGUCAUGCACAUGAAUUUUCAAAAGGAAGUUUAGAAGGAAAGAAAGUCAACCUUGGGUUUGGAACUUCUUCCUUAACAGUAGAACAAUCCAAGGAUAAUAUUGAUUCAGAUUGUGGAGCUUUAUAUCAUCAGGGAGGGAAAACUGGUACAUUACCUCAGAAGAGAGAACUGGCUGUUUCUAGUAAUGAUAUUAGAUCACCAAAUGAGGAAAGUCAUGAUCCAAAAGUUUGUGCUUCUGUAAGUCCAUCAGGAGGUACUCUUGAAGGUUUGGAGUAUGAAUCAAUGAUAAUUGGUGCACCCCCAACGAGAACUGAUCCUACACCUAGUGAUAAUAAACAUCAUUCGAAUGCCAUUGCUUAUGUGAAUUCUGUUGAGAAACAGCGAAAUGGUCCAUCAAUGAAGAACUCCUUUAGUUCUAACCAGAUAUCAUUGAAUUGUGGAUUGCCUGUUUUGAAAACUUUAACUUUCAAUAGUACUGAAUCUCCUUCUAAUAUGAGGGCGGAUGGCCUUCCUCCAGAGAAGACAUCUGGAAUAUCAAUGGAGGCUUUAAAGAGUUUCAACUUAGCUAGUGAGCCUGAUAUACAGGAUGUCCAAAUCAGCAGAACAGCUGACCUUCCUGCUGAGAUAAAAACAGAGCUCCAGAAGCAGCUCCUGGAUGUCAAGGUUUCAUCUCCCAAUAUCAAAACCACAGUGAGUGAGGAGUCCAAAAGUCCUAUUAGUUUGGGCAUAUUUAAGGGAGUGAAUGAUAGAUUGGCUACCAAGAAAGUGGUUGGCCAAAAAGGUUUGGGCUCUAGGCCAAGUACCGUUAAAAGUAAUAAGUUGAAGUGUUCGUUUAGCUUUGAUAAAACUGCAAUCUCAAAUGGAGCUGCUGUCUGUCCAAUGAUGGGUAUAGAGGGAGCACAAGAUGAGCAAACAGUUGCUGAGAAACACAAUAUUUGUUGGCCAACAUCAGCUGCAGAUGUAAUCAUGGGGGAAGAGAUAAAAGGGGAGAAGACUAAAAGUCUCGAUGAUAAAACUGAAGCAUCAGAGGAAAAAGAUGGAGAUGUGCUUGAGAAACCACUCACUGAAAAAUUGGAGAUGGUUAAGCCAACCUCUUAUGCUGAUACAUUGACCAUGGAUGCUGAUAGAGCGCCUGUAGAAGGCGGCAAGGGUGGAGAUGGGCAUUCAAGUGCUAUGAGUGUAAAGAAGACUGAUAUGUGUGAAUCAAGGAAAGCAGUAUCUACUGUGGCUGGAAUCAAGACAUACCAGAAAGGAAAAAAAGGGAAUGGGCUAAGAGAAGGGAAAGUUGGAGCUGAGCUUGAUAAGGGAAUUGAUAACAAGAAAACUGAGAUGCAUGAAUCAACUUUUAAAGAAGAGAUGGCUAAGGAGGAAAAUCACUCACCAAAGAAAAUCAAGGGAAAUACACUAUCCUCUAGGUAUGAGAUAGAAACAUCUGACAAAGGUAAAGACAGAGAAGAAUUAGGGGAAGGACAAGGGGGAUCUGAGCUCGAGAAGUCAUUUAGUGCAGAAAUGACUGAAAGGGGAAAAUCAACAGCAGAUGUGGUAAAGAAAGACAGCGCUAAAAGGAAAAGGCAUCCUUCAAGUAAAACCAACAGAAAGACUGUCUCUACUGUAAAUGGGAUUGAGAUGUCUGAUGAAGGCAAAAGUAGAGAAGAGACACCGAAGAACAUUGGUGUUCAGAAGACAGAGUUGCCAAAGGCAUGCCCUACAGGUAAGACUAUGGCUGCAAGUAAGAGGAAGAAGUCUGUGGACGCCGAAAAGGAGAACAAGCCAAUCAGAAAUGAAGUUCCGAGUCUAAAAUUGUCCAAACAUGGGAAGACCAGUAAAGCCCCCAUUAGAAGUAAUCAAAUGGUUGGUGAAACUGAUCUGAACACAUUUCAAGCUGGUGGAAGUUGUAAUAUUGUAAAGCUUGAACCAGUGUGGUUUAUUCUGAGUGGACAUAAUCUACAGAGGAAAGAGUUCCAGCAGGUUAUAAGGCGUUUGAAGGGAAGAGUUUGCAGAGAUUCUCACCACUGGUCGUACCAGGCCACACACUUCAUUGUCCCGGAACCAGUUCGCCGAACAGAAAAGUUUUUUGCUGCUGCAGCAUCUGGGAGGUGGAUUCUCAAGACUGAUUACUUAACUGCUAGUAAUCAGGCAGGGAAGUUCUUGCCAGAAGAACCUUAUGAAUGGUAUCGGAGUGGCCUUAGUGAAGAUGGCGCAAUCAAUUUUGAGGCUCCAAGGAAGUGGCGCCUCUUAAGGAAAAGGACUGGUCAUGGAGCUUUCUAUGGAAUGCGUGUUAUCAUAUAUGGAGAAUGCAUUGCACCACCUCUGGAUACCCUGAAACGUGUCUUGAAGGCUGGAGAUGGCACCAUUCUAGCAACAGCCCCUCCAUACACCCGUUUUCUCAAAUCUGGAGUUGAUUUUGCCAUUGUUAGCCCUGGAAUCUCACGCAUCGAUUCAUGGGUCCAAGAGUUCUUAAGACAUGAAAUCCCUUGUGUUUUGGCUGAUUACUUAGUAGAGUAUGUAUGCAAGCCGGGAUAUUCCCUCGAGAGGCAUGUGCUUUACAAUACUCAUGCUUGGUCAGAGAAGUCAUUUGCAAAUUUGUUAACCCGGUCAGAGGAAAACAUAGAGGCCUUGACAGGGGGAGGUGAUGAUGAUUUGUGGUGAUGAAGGUGGUUCCAAGGGGUGCAGAAUUGGUAUGCAUAUUGAUUGCUGUAAUCCCCCCCCCCCCCCUUUUAAGAUAUUCCAGAGGAAGAUUAGUUUUGUUCAAAGUGUAGUGAAGACGGUACCAGAAUUCCAAAGAGUAUCAAGAGAAGGCCCUCUUUGGAUUUAAUUGAGUUAGACUUCUUUUCUUCCUAUGUGCAUGUGUAGAAAUGUUGUCCCAUGUUAGUCUUGCUGCCCAUCGGGCUGUGAUAGAAGUCAGGGAGAUAAUAUCUAGUUUGUUUCACCUCUGUAAUGUAUAUAUAUGUAUAUUUUUUAAACAUUUUGACAAGAUAUUAUCAGGUUGGUCUCACCCAGAAGACGAUAGCAGUAGUUUUUAAAUUAAUUGAUGCCUAUUUGUGCGGAUUAAAAACCCAUGCAAUACACCAUUUAUACUGUUAAAGCAGAAUGUAACCGAUGCGGCUUCUUUUCUCUGUCC